AUGAGCUUCAAGCCAACAACUGCGCCAGGCACCGCGCACCCGUCUCCGCCUGUGGAGAACAUGGAAGGAGUCACAAGACACAACCUAGUUGAACUUCCUGCCGAAGUGCGCAACGAAAUCUACGGCUACGUACUCGCAGAUUACCCGGUCCAGGAGUUCAAGACAUCUAACCUCACAGCUCACAGGGUCCAGGGCAUCCAACCGGCCCUCACCCAAGUCAACAAACAGGUGCGCGCUGAAACUUUGCCAAUGUUCUACGCCAACAGCGAGCUCUUCAUCCGCAUCCACUCUCAGUGCGACGUCUUCGGCCGCAAUCAGGCUAUCAUCAAAGUCCUAGAGAAGCUGGGUCCAAGCCUUCUCAGUCGGUUUGAGUCCAUCUGGUUCCACACUCGCCUCAAUCGCGGCUUUAUCUGCAGAGUUACGCAAAGGGACGGCGGCACGAAGCUCAACUCGACGCUCGUCGUGUUUUUCUUGUCGGCCGCUGAUCAAGCACGUAUGCAACAGCAGAUGCAAGAGGCGCGCGACUUCAUGGCGCCUGCUGUGGAUAGAGACAAACAGCCAAAGGCCCCUGGCCUGUUCGGCUCAGUCCAGCACUUCAGGAAUCUUUACGUCUACCUUGUGCGCGUCGCCGUGCGUGUAGAGCAGUCAAGGGGCACCCCGGCGCCACCGGCAACGGGAAGUAUGCUGGACACUGAUGGCAUCGAGUUCCUGUUCGACGACCGCCGCGUCACACGCGAGGAGGUGCGCCUUGCUGUGAAGUAUGGCGUACUCGAGUAG